AUGCCUUCCACUUUGGUUCAAUGUGCAGGUCCACUUGAACAAAGGAUGACCGUCGGAACAGAUAGAGUUAAAUUCUACACCCAGAAGAACUUGGCAGGCUCCUACAACAAGGAGUACAAGGUUGGUGACUCCAUUGCCUUCUUGCCAAAUGACCCAGACAAUGACAAGUACAUGUCCUGUGAGAUUGGUACUGAGUGCUGGGUCAACGCCUACGAGCACAACGAUGCCUUCAACCCAGAGCCCGGCGCACACCAGGAGCUCAAGUCCGGAGUCCACAACGACCUCACCUCGCUCAAGGGCUUGUCCAUGUUCCAGGUGCUCGAGAACAAGUUUGGCUAUGCCAUCGACAUCCGUCUCGUGGACUUCAAGGACACCAAGGGAGGUUACAAGCUCUCCUUGAUCCCCUACCAGGUGAAUCCAGCAGUCUGCCUCAGUGGCGAUGCCUUCAUCCAGUGCCCAAUCCCCAAGUUGACCCCACCCGACUCAGAGAUCGUGUGCCAGGUCGUUGUGGCCGAGACCGCCUGGCCAGGUGCCACCGUUGCCAACGGCAGCGUCUACUUCAGGUACAACCCCUCCACAGGUUUGCUCUCCUUCCGCAAGACUGAGGGAUUCCCCACCAACAUGUCGCUCACCCAAGCUGGUAUGACACAGUUCACCUUCAAACUCGAGAAAUUAUUG